AUGGUGGCAAAAUCAAGAUGCAUAUUGGACAACGAAAUUAAACUUCAUAUAAUAAUUCAUUUUGAUGAUGAAAAUCUUGGCAAGACUUGCUGCAGCCGCCUUCGAAACAUUCAGAGUAUCCUGACACAGAGCAGCAAAUCUCAACCUGAUGGAAUCCUUUGCAUUUUAGGAAUAGAUAGUCGAUACAAUGAAGGUUGCAGGGAACUGGCAAACUAUCUGCUUUUUGGCUUGUAUAACCAGAAUAACAACGACUUUGAAAGAACUGGGUUUCCUGAAGAAGUUCUUGAUGAUAUAAUCAUAUUAAUAAAACCUGACAGUGUCCAUCUGUACUGUAACCCUGUGAAUUAUAAUCAUCUUUUGCCAUAUGUGGCAUACUGGAGGAACUUGCAUUUUCACUGUCUAACUGAAAAUGAGUAUGAAGAUGAAGAAGCUGCAGAGGAAUUCAAAAUUUCCAGCUUUGUAGACAUGGUUCGAGAUUGCAGUCGCAUUGGCAUUCCGUACAGCUGCCAAGGUCAUCUACAGAUAUUUGAUAUGUUCAUUGUUGAAAAGUGGCCAAUAGUGCAGGCUUUUGCACUGGAAGGAAUUGGGGGUGAUGGCUUCUUUACAAUGAAAUACGAAUUAAUGGAUGUCAGUGUUGAUUUGUGGAAGACAUACAGCAAAAUGGAUCCUGUUUCCUUGGAGGACUUGCUCUUUGAGGAUUUAAUGAUUUUUGAACACCAGUGGACCAACUUUUUUGCGAAUUUUGAUACUGAAAUUCCCUUCAUUCUGGAGCUAUCGGAAUCUCAGGCAGGGGAGCCUUUCCGAAGUUACUUUAGUCACGGAAUGAUCUCAAGCCAUAUAACAGAUAACAGCCCUAGCCGGCAGCCCUUUGUUCUGUUUGGUAGCCACUCAACUAAGGAAAACUUGAACUCUGGUAACUUUAAUUUUCCAUCAGAAGGACAUCUUGUUCGCAACACUGGCCUUGGUGGAAGCACUGCUAAGCAUAUGGUAGUGCAGUGUGUAUCUCCAAAGGGACCUCUGGCUUGUUCAAGGACCUAUUUUUUUGGAACCACUCACAUUCCUUUCCUAGGAGACGACAAUGAGGUGCACAAGCAAGCUGAACAAGUUACGCUGUUGUCGCAAAUAUAUACUGCUGUUGUAGAGGCUGUGCUUGCUGGCAUUGAGUGCUAUGCUAAAACUUCCACUGAAUCCAAGGCAAAGGAGGUAGCAGAGCAGAUGCUCAUGUCUGUGUUAGAUACCCUUCAUUUAACACAACUUAAAACUGCAUUAUGCUCCAAAAUCGCUUUUCAAAUUCAGGCUGUGAAUAAUCAUGGAAGAAUUACUCCAUUAGAUAAUGAGGAUAGCCUGAGUUUGAUUAAAACGGCGUCUAUGAUGGUAUUUGACAUUCCAGACUUGCUCACAGGAAGAGGAUGCUUGGGAUCUGUUGUCUUUUCAGAGUCUUUUCUAACAUCACAGAUACAAGUAAAAGAAAAAGGUGGCAGCAUUAGUUCAGAAACCAGCCACAUAAUACUGACUGCAGCUAUCCCAAGAUAUGCUUCUUGGCUGGUUGAAGAUAGUGAUGUGAAACUGUCUGAAAAGGCACAGCAUAUUUUGAAGGAAGACAAAUCUUUUCUGGGCACUUUACUCGCUGGAGGUGAUGGAGCGUAUAUUUAUUCUAGCAAUCCACAGGCCAUACCUGCAGAAGGCAAAUUGUACUUCUUUUCAGAUGGCAUUCUCUUUUCUGAUCCCCACCAUGGCAGCAUUUCCAUUUCAAAGAACCACAUGAGUUCCAUUUCUCUCUAUGAUGGGGAUUCAACCUGUAUUGUUGCUGCUCUCUUCAUAGAUGUCAAAAGUUCCUUGCUUGCUCAUCUACCAAUUGAAUUCCAUAGCCAAGACAACUUUUUGAUGAUUGCACUUUUCCCCAAAACAAAGAUUUAUAAAGCUUUUUAUUCACAGGUUUUCUCUGCGUGGCAAAACCAGACACACUCAGGAUUAUCGUUAAGGGUUGUCCAGGAAGAAUUUCUGUCUGUGGAACAAAAGAGACUGCAUUCCGGUGUUCAGAAGCUGUUUAAUGCCUUGUCGUUUCCUUCUGGGGAAAGAUGCAGGGAGCUUAAAAUAUCUGCUGCCCUUCCAGAAUUAGAGAGGUUUGUGCAACAUUUUACUGUCAGCAGCGUGAGUCAUGAGCCAAUAAUGAGAGCGCAUCUUCCUAUUUUAUUGCAACAGUCAGAAGUCAUUCCUGAUAGCAAAGCAGAAAGUGAUAAGGUGGUUAUCACCAUUAUAACUGGUCUUCCAGGAUGUCGUUGCAGUGAUCUGUGCGCUUUCCUUGUAACUUUUAACAAGGAGCAUGGCAGGUGGAUAGUUUAUCGGCAAAUUAUGGAUAGUCCAGAAUGUUUCAGUGCCACCCACUUCCAGCGUUACCUCUCCAGUGUCCUGGAGGCUCAGCAAAACCACAGCGUCCGUCAGUCCACUUAUGCUAAAAAGAACAAGCGUCUCUUAGUGGUCUUGCAAGGAUAUACUGAUGUGAUUGAUGUUGUACAGGCGCUGCAAACUCAUCCUGACCCAGAUGUGAAGUCGUCUUUCAUCAUUGGAGCAGUUAAUACUUGUGUAGAGCCACUGAGUUGCUAUAUGGAACAUAGGCUUCUUUUUCCCAAGUUCCUGGACCAGUGUUCACAAGGACUAGUGAGUAACGUGAUUUUCACAAGUCAUGCUACAGAGCAGAAGCAUCCACUCCUUAUGCAACUGCAGAGCCUUAUCCGAGCGGCAAAUCCUGCUGUUGCGUUCAUCUUGGCAGAAAAUGGAGUUGUAACUAGGAAUGAGGACAUUGAAUUAAUUCUCUCAGAAAGCAGUUUUUCAAAUCCUCAGAUGAUGAGAGCUCGAUAUUUAAUGUAUCCUGGCUGGUAUGAAGGUAAAUAUGGAGCUGGGUCUGUCUUCCCUCCGAUGGUUCAGAUCUGUGUAUGGUUUAAUCGUCCUCUAGAAAAAACACGAUUUGUGACCAAAUGUAAAGCAAUUAAGUCAUUGCUCAAGCCAAGUCCUUUUUCUGGAAACAUUUAUCACAUCAUGGGCAAAGUUAAGUUUUCAGAUUCUGAUAAAGUAAUUGAAGUCUGUCACAACACAUCAUCUAAUUCACUAAGCCUCGUGCCUGUUCAGGAGGGGCCAACUCCUGAUUCAAGAAGCGAUAACAGAGAUUGCGGCAGUCAACAGGAGUGCUUCCUUGUGUUCGUUGGCUGCUCUCUUAAGGAAGAGGAUAUAAAAGACUGGCUCAGAGAAACUGCAAAACAGAAACCUCAGCGGAAAGCUCUGAAAACCAGAGGAAUGCUAACCCUUCAGGAAAUAAAGAACAUUCACGUGAAACGCCACUUGGAUCCACUUCCAGCUGGUUAUUUUUACAACGGGACUCAAUUUGUGAAUUUCUUUGGUGACAAAAUGGAUUACCAUCCAUUAAUGGACCAAUUCAUGAACGAUUACUUGGAAGAAGCCAACAGGGAAAUAGAAAAGUACAACAGAGAACUAGAAGAACAAGAGUAUCACGAUCUCUUUGAGCAGAAGACAUAAGCACAUGCGUUCUGUGCAUUUCUGAACCACCUACUGUCAGUAACCAAAAAUGCUCUCGUCCUUGCUGGUUAACUAGAAAAUUAAGUGAAGUAAUGUCAGUUUUCAGCACUCCUUUUAAAACUAAAGAUCAUUCCUGUAAGGUUGGCAUUUUAAUAUGGUAACUGCUUAGCUGUUUGUACUGUCAGGUUUGCUUCCACUUCACCUUAAUUCCAGACUGUAAAAAGCAUCACCUGGAAUCUCUGGCUAGUAGUGGAAA